CUGCCUGGGAUGAUGUAAAAGGAGCUGCGUGUCUCGGGAUGGCUGAAGGAGUCACCUCCAAGAGCUCCGCUCCUCUCCGACCCGAGUCCUGACGAUGUGUUUGGACCAGCAUUGAUACAUAUAAGUGAUUUCUGCACUUUGCUUUUUUGGAAAGGAUGUUAUUUGCUGCAAAGGAAUUGGAAGGAGAUGGCAUUUCAGAAAUAGAUGCCUUUGUAAAUAGCCAGGAAUGGACACUGAGCCGAUCCGUACCGGAGCUGAAAGUGGGGAUCGUGGGUAACCUGGCCAGUGGCAAGUCCGCGCUCGUGCACCGGUACCUGACGGGCACCUACGUCCAGGAGGAGUCCCCCGAAGAUAUGGAUGCAGGUGGGAGAUUCAAGAAGGAGAUAGUAGUUGAUGGACAAAGCUACCUGCUGCUGAUUAGAGAUGAAGGAGGCCCUCCGGAGGCUCAGUUUGCCAUGUGGGUGGAUGCUGUUAUCUUUGUCUUCAGCCUGGAGGAUGAAGUCAGCUUCCAGACCGUGUACCACUACUACAGCCGGAUGGCCAACUAUCGCAACACUAGUGAGAUCCCCAUGGUCCUGGUGGGAACACAGGAUGCCAUAAGCUCCACUAACCCCCGGGUCAUCGAUGAUGCCAGAGCCAGGAAGUUGUCAAAUGACCUCAAGAGAUGCACCUACUACGAGACCUGUGCCACGUACGGGCUCAACGUGGAGAGAGUCUUCCAUGACGUUGCUCAGAAGAUCGUGUCAACCAAGAAGAAGCAGCAGCUCUCGAUCGGACCCUGCAAAUCUCUGCCCAACUCUCCGAGCCACUCCUCCGUGUGUUCUGCCCAGGUCUCUGCCGUGCACAUCAGCCAGACCAGUAAUGGAGGAGGGAGUUUAAGUGAUUAUUCCUCCUCUGUCCCAUCAACUCCAAGCACCAGCCAGAAGGAGCUGCGGAUUGAUGUUCCUCCCACUGCCAACACUCCAACUCCUGUCCGUAAACAGUCCAAGCGCCGAUCCAACCUCUUCACGUCUCGGAAAGGGAGUGACCCAGACAAAGAGAAGAAGGUCCUGGAGAGCAGAACAGACAGCAUUGGAAGCGGCCGCGCAAUCCCAAUUAAACAGGGAAUGCUGCUGAAGAGGAGUGGCAAGUCUCUGAACAAGGAGUGGAAGAAGAAGUACGUGACGUUGUGUGACAACGGGGUGCUGACCUACCACCCGAGCUUACACGACUAUAUGCAGAACGUUCACGGGAAAGAAAUCGACUUGCUGAGAACCACUGUGAAGGUCCCUGGGAAGAGGCCACCCCGAGCCACGUCAGCCUGUGCACCCAUUUCCAGCCCCAAAACCAACGGCCUCUCCAAGGACAUGAGCAGUUUACACAUCUCACCAAAUUCAGAUACGGGCCUAGGAGACUCUGUGUGUUCCAGCCCCAGCAUAUCCAGUACGACGAGCCCCAAGCUGGACCCCCCCCCUUCCCCUCACGCCAACAGAAAGAAGCACCGGCGGAAGAAAAGCACAAGCAACUUCAAAGCUGACGGGAUCUCGGGCACAGCUGAGGCCAAACGCAAAGCUUGGAAACUAAACCGUGUUGGUAGCCUGCGAAAUAUUUACAGCAGCAGCAGCACCAACACCGAAGAACAAGAAGAAAACUUUGAGUUUAUCAUCGUGUCUCUCACCGGCCAGACUUGGCACUUUGAAGCCACCACGUAUGAGGAAAGGGACGCCUGGGUCCAAGCCAUAGAGAGUCAGAUCUUGGCCAGUUUACAGUCGUGUGAGAGCAGCAAGAACAAGUCCCGCCUGACCAGCCAGAACGAGGCCAUGGCCCUGCAGUCCAUCAGGAACAUCAGAGGCAAUUCCCACUGCGUGGACUGUGAAGCACAGAACCCUGACUGGGCCAGCCUGAACCUGGGAGCCCUCAUCUGCAUCGAAUGCUCAGGUAUCCACCGCAACCUCGGCACACACCUGUCCCGGGUGCGCUCCCUGGACCUGGACGACUGGCCCAUCGAGCUCAUCAAGGUGAUGUCGGCCAUCGGCAACGAGCUGGCCAACAGUGUGUGGGAGGAGAACAGCCAAGGCCACAUGAAGCCCUCAUCAGACUCCUCGAGGGAAGAAAAGGAGCUCUGGAUACGUGCAAAGUACGAGCAGAAGCUCUUCCUUGCCCCGCUGCAGUGCCUGGAGCUUUCUCUGGGCCAGCAUCUCCUGAGGGCCACAGCCGAGGAGGACCUGCGGACGGUGAUCCUGCUCCUGGCCCACGGCACUCGGGAGGAGGUGAACGAGACCUGUGGAGACGGUGACGGGCGCACGGCCCUGCACCUGGCCUGUCGGAAAGGGAACGUGGUGUUGGUGCAGCUCCUCAUCUGGUACGGUGUGGACGUGAUGGCGCGCGACGCCCACGGGAACACAGCUCUGGCCUACGCCCGCCAGGCCUCCAGCCAGGAGUGCAUCGACGUGCUCCUGCAGUACGGCUGCCCCGACGAGCGCUUCGUCCUCAUGGCCACCCCCAACCUGUCCAGGAAGAACAACAACCGGAACAACAGCGGCGGCAGGAUGCCCACCAUCAUCUGAGGAGCUCCCUCGUGCAUUCGCUGAGUUACAUCCGCAGCCUCACAUCCCUCCAUCCCCAUCACAGCUCUGCUCUGUGAGUCUGGUAACUCUCCUUUUCCCUUUUCCCUUCGGUGCACCCCUGUCCCAUCCGGAACGCGGAGAGCGCGAGGGGAUGAGGAGGAGCCCGGGGGGCUGCCGGGAAGGCCGUUGUUUCAGUGACAGCUCCGGAAGGACGGGGACGAGCGGGCGAGGGCGCGCGGGUUGAGUGGAACACGCCGCGCGUGGCACCGGGACCAUGGGAGCGUGGCCGCCCCGGAGCAGGGACACGGAGCAGG